UCUCCACCGCUGGUAGGCCACGAGGAGCUUUGAGACCAUCGCUUCAGUCAGUUUUUGUCUGGUGAGCGUUGUGGAGAUUGUGUGCGCCAUGUGAAAUAUAGCAACUGUUUUAUGUUAAACAAAACUCAACUGCUCUCGCGUCAUGUGACACGUAUCCAUCAGCGAGCAGAGUGGCACCCAGCAAGCGGGAAAAUUCGAACAGAAUUUCACAACCUAACGUCGCACACGAGAUUAAACCACUCAUAAUAGCAAUCUCCCUGUAUUUACUAACAAUUGUAGGACCGCCGUUAACUAUGACAUCAGAGUGGAGCAAUGAAUUUGUCAAUACGCUGACUGGAAGAGCGUUUGGAUACUUCGCCAACGGUUAACUAUCCCCCCAACAUCCGUUUUUCGUAAUUAGCGUCGUUAAAUAAGUGAAACAAGAGAGACUGAUUGACUUUGUUUUGGUAGCUGGCACCUGGCGAUUGUUGAAAUUAUAAACGGGGGAACCAACGGGGCUACGGAGAGUACGGCCUCAGAGCCACAGGAGAUGGGAGGUGGCUGGAGAUCAUCAUUACGAUAUCAAUUAGCAGGUACCAGUGAUGAAAAUCCGUGUGUCCAUUAUUCAGAGAUAUUGCCAAUCCCCUCUGAUGCUGGUGAUACUGAUAAUUCUCGCGGUAAUAAAUUGUGCAACGAGUGCAGGGAUUGUCGAGUGCCCAGCGGGAUGUCAGUGCGACGGGGAGAAUUUUUACUGCGUGGGGAGGAGUUUUUUAGGCCUCGGUUUGCCGGUAAAUGCAAAAAACGUUGUACUGACGAAUGUCAGAGCAGCAGAACUAUCAGUUGCUGCUUUAGAAUCAUCAGAUCUCCUGCAGCGGCUCAUUUGGCGAUCAAGUGGAAUAGAGAGAAUAGGGCCAGGAGUUUUUCUAUCGACUCCAUUGUUAGAACACCUGGAUCUAGGUGACAAUCGUAUUGCAACAUUGCCAGAGGACGUGUUAGCUCCAUUAAAUCGUUUGAGAUACCUCAAUUUAACCGGCAAUUCAUUGACGAGCCUCCCCAGGUCUGCUGUUCGGGGAUUAGAAUCGUUGGAGAUACUCCUACUGGCACACAAUCAAAUAGCUGUGCUUCCUUAUCAAGCAUUUAUCGUUGUUAAAUCCCUAACUCAUCUCGAUCUUAGUGGCAAUCGUAUUGUAUCAUUGCCGGAUCACACGUUCAAGCCAAAUCGUGAAUUACUCAGUCUUCAUUUGUCCUCCAAUCAUCUCACCAAGUUGCCUAGUCGUUUGUUCUCAGGAUUAAGGAAACUACAGCAUCUUGAUAUGUCCAGUAAUGACAUUGAUAUACUUCCAAGGAGCUUCUUCUCAGAAUUAUCACAACUCGAGGAUUUAGACAUAUCCGGCAAUCCCAUUGCUAAUUUAUCAAAUACAGCAUUCCAGGGCCUCAAUAAUCUCGUAUACGUGAACCUUGGAGGUACAAGAUUAACGAAAUUACCGAGGGACGUUUGGAGACCAGUGCCAGAGUUGAGAUCACUGGUCCUGGACAAAACGAGAAUUGAAGUACUGAGAAAUGAGGAUUUAAUUGGCCUUUCAAAACUGGAGAACCUCACGAUAUCCAACAGUCCUCUUCGUGGCAUCGAAGCCAAAACACUGAAUCAUCUUUCUGAACUGCGCAAUCUGAAUCUUCGCGACAACGAUUUAACGUUUUUACCAGCAUCACUGGCUCACCUCAAACGCCUAGAGCAUCUACAUCUACAGGGCAAUCCGUGGGCGUGCGAUUGCCGAAUGUUUUGGUUCGUCAAGUGGGCUGAGAACCAUGCACACAGAACUGCAUUUGAAUCUGGAUUGAGUUGUGGACAAACCGAGACUGUCGACACUAUCCAGGCUCUACGUUACUUAAACUGUACAGCACCAUUCUUAACUCAUGUCACUGAUACUGAGGUAUUGCAUCGUUUGAAUAGCUCGGUACUGCUAGAGUGCGAGUUCAAUGGCAAUCCAGCGCCAUCGUUGACCUGGGUGACACCACAAUUGGAGAUAUUCCAUUGGAAUCCGGAUCCAUCGUUUCCCGAUCCCUUUCACGAUCAUCCAGCCCAUCACGGCGCUCAGGGCAUGAGAAAUUUGGGGAAUAUGGGGCACGUUAGACUAAUGGAGAAUGGCUCACUUCUCAUUACAAAUCUACUUAGACAGGAUGUAGGACGGUACAAGUGCUUUGCUGUCAAUCCAAUUGCCAAUAUGACUACCUUCGUUUACCUCAGGAUGAAUCCAAUAACUUAUUACGAAAUUAAAAUAUUCAGUAUAGUAGUUGGUGCUGCUUGUACUGUAAUAUUUCUAUUGCUAACUCUGUUUGUACAGUUUCUACGUUAUGUAUUCAGUCGAUGCGGCUGUUGUAGCUGGUGUUCCUGCUGCAGACGCGGUACACGUGCUAAACAAAUAUACCAAAUGCUUGAUAACAUCGAGCAGUACAAGAGUCAGCAGCUCGAGCGUUUACGUGAAAAUUACACCCAGCAAGUACACAGGAUCAAGGACAAUUGUGCACAGCAAGUUGAGUGGAUAAGGGACAGCUAUGAGGGACAGAUGCGACACAUUAGGGACAUCAGGGAUUACGGAACGAGCCAUCUAACGACACUCAAGGAUCAAUACUACGAUCAGGUCAAACGUGUACGUGAUUAUUCAACUGGCCAGCUCAAUUGGGUGCGUGAGAACUACGUUUUUCAACGAAACAAAAUACGAAAGUUCAGCGCACACCAGGUACUGCGAUUACGCGAGAGCUACAAGUAUCAGCAGCAAACGUUGAACAAAGUAUUGGAGAAUCUGCCAAAUCUAUACUUCGAUAAUUGCCGGAGUGGAUCAUGCGGAAGGAGUGAUUCGUGUGUUUUUGAUGGAAAGGAUAUGAAUGGACCCGAGAUGGAGUCUUAUUUCAAGAGGAAAUUGGAUAGAUUGGACGGUUGUGCGAGCAAUGAGGAUCUCAAUAGUGAGUAUUACACACCGACCGAGUUUUCCGCAGCCAGUCCACAUGGUCCUGGAUUCAUUGAUGGAAUUCAUAUUAAUUACAUCGAGGAUGGGCCACCGCCACCGUUUGAACACUUCAGGGGUAAUUUGUUGUUUCGUAAUGAGGGUGAACAGAGUGAGGAGACUGUGGCCAAGGGGUUUGAUGUCAAUACGCCGGUUUAUCGUGGCACCAGCGCUGAAUUUAUAGGCAGAGAUCAGGCAAGUAUGCCGGAGGUACUUGGUUUACUCGGCCCUUCAGCAAGUAUGCCGGAAUUGCCACGUGAAACACGGCUAUGAUAAAUUUAAAGUGUGAUAAAUAACAUUGAUUGUUAAAUAAUUUACGAAUACUGUGAUUGAUGCGAGAUGAGGUGCAAUGUUUUUUUUCUUCUCAUCAAUUUUCGGGCGAGUUCAACGUGUGGCGAUGUGCCUUCCGUAGAUGUUUCGAGGAUAAUUGUGUCAUGAUGCUGGUGCUCGGGCACUGCUGUACCUGACGCGAUUGUAUACGAGUGAUUCGAAGGGAACAGAUGAUUUUGAAAAAUUAAUAAACCCAUGUGUGCCAGGAUGAUACGAAAAAUACUUGUUCUGUGUUUUUUUAAAUUUCGGGGAGACCCAUCCAGAUUAAUAUUCAUCACUGAAAUGGAGAUUUUAGAGUAAAUAUUAUGCUAUUUCUGCCAAUUCCUAGGCGUCAAUUGAGUAUAAAGGUUGGAGACAUUUUUUUCUCGGGUAAAUUUGGAUGGGUGAGGAUAAAUCGAGCGAGAUUGACUGGGUGAAGACUAUUGGGUUCAGAAUGCUCUUGUUAUUAUGCUCAGUAGACAGUUAUUUUUGGUCAACCGCAGAGAGUUUGAGAAACAGCAGUUUCAUGUCAUAGAGAUUGCAUGAAACAUUAUUGAAAUGACAAGUAACGAUUAAUGGAGUGAUAAGUAGUCACUCUCCUCUCGAUUGCCAACAAAAGGCUGAAAUAUAUCGCAAAUAUAAAACACAUGUUUAGUCGCUGAGAAUAAGUGACGUGGACUUGAGAUUGGCAAUUGCAGGUAUUUCGAUAGGACUAGAUGAUAAAAAUUCUGGCUAUACUUUUGAGGUAAAUGGCGCAAUAGAUCUGAGAAUACGUCUUCCGAUGAGUUUAACGAAUAAAUUCAUAGAUUUCUAUUGAAUUCAUCCCCUCAGCUGACAGAUUUUUAUCGUCAAUGCAACUGUAGCUGGUGAUUAUUAGUUACAUGUAUCGGAUGUGCUUGUUGCCAAAUUGUCAAUUGACAAUGCAAUAAUUAAUGGAGCAGUAAUUAACAACGACUAGUUGAUACUCAUCAGUCUAGUGCUUGUUUCCUCUCCGCUAUUUUGAAAUUGUAGGUACCACGUGAGACUACUGUAUUCAAUGAACUCAUGAGAAUUGAAUGCUCUGCUGGAUAUUAUUGACAACAAUACAAACGUGAUGAUUAAAUUAUUUCCAAGUUAUUGUUGAUUGAACAAGUUAUUAAAUGUCGAUAUGCACGAGAAACAAUUUUUUUUUCUAUGCGAACAAUUGGUGAUGUUGAAUGAGAAUUGUGGAUGAAUAAAUAUGAUGUGUUCUUGAUUGAAAUAUUUGGAAUACUGGGGAGUUGCACUCUCACUCAGUCUCUCCAUUCCCGGAAGUUGGUAUUUAUGCUUCCUUCCGCAUAAAUAUUUUUAUACAUGGUCAUCUUGUCUGAUUAUAUUCAUAAGUAGAACAUAAGUAUCAACCUUUGAGUUCUGUAUGAAUUUUGAGGGGUACAAGUAGAAUUAAAUUAUCACUAGAUAGAAAUGAAAUGAAUUAUGGGGAUUAUUCCCUCACCUGUAGCUUGAGAGAAUGAGGAGUUUUGAAAAUAAAGAGAAUUUCGAGGAAUUGUGUAGAUGCAGCUGUGGAAAAAUAUCAUUUUUGCUCAGUUCUAAUGAAACGAGUAAUGAAUAUAGUUGAAUUUAGACGAAUUGGAAUGUUUAAAUAAAUUAUUAUCUGAGUGUACUCAAAUUUAGAUUCAAUUACACGAUAUUUUUAACCAAAGAUCGAUCGAUUGGUAUUUUUAAUUGAUUAGAUUUUGAAGAAAUCUAAUUGGACGGGCUAUUUUCAUGGAAUAAAUUGAAAACAAUGGGCGACAUCAGCUGAAAACGCGAUUAAUCACUAUCAACGGAGAUAGCGUCAUCGGUGACGUUAACGAACAGGUCGAGUACGUCUCCUCGUGUUAUUACGUAAUCGGUGUAACGAGUAUGACAGAGUGAAGAGUGGCUCCGCCAUACUGUCGACCGGCAAUUUUGUCUUCCCUCACUUCUCCAUAGGACCGAUUGGCAUUGAAUUUCGCGAGAAAUGAUUUUUUUUUAGUUUCGAGGAAAAACUUCUCGUUGUCGAUUGCCGACAACUCGACUGUGACUUGUCAACGAAUUUGACGUCAAUAUAAUCAAAUCUAGGUGUAAUUGUAAAUAGUUUAUUGAAUUAUUGUAAAUAUUAAUAAAGAUGAUAGAGAAUGUAACUCCUGUUGCAAUAAAUUAUAGAAUAAUUUUUUUCA